GAUCACUCGUCGCAACAAGUCGGACCGAUCAGGGCGUAAGCGCAAACGUGAUUUUUGGCUGAAAGCUUCGCGCAGAGCUUGGCUCAGUGUCUGUCGGAAGGGCGCGCGAGUGCAAGCACCAUUUGAAGCUUAAAUGCGGCUUAAUUCGUGUUCGUCUUUGUCGUAAAUGCUGUGCAAUUUGAACUGUGGAGAUUUGUGCGUGCCUCUGCAUACAUACAUAGUAUACACAUACGCAUACAUAUAUCGAAUUAAAUGUGCAAGUUACAAGUCUACGUGCAUGUGUGUUAGUGUCGAGUCGUUUCGGAAAUAAGAGCAGCUAACUGUAAAUAAGCAGCUCCUGCAUUAUUAUGCAAUUUUAAUUCAAAAGAGCCGAUUGUUGUUUUUGUUGUAACACAAUACGCGAGCCAAAUAAGAGCUAAGCCGCCACAAACUCAAGCUCUAAACAAUCAGCGGCUCUAAAAGCCAUUUUAAAUACAAAGUAACUGAAUAACUGAAACAUAAGUACCGUCGUCGAACCAAAUAUGGCGGCUGCUGCCCACAUUUGCGUCAGCUGCAGCAGCGCCCGACGGCGCCACAGUCAACGUAACACAGUCGCCGGCAGCGGCCGAGGCAGUGCCAGUGGCAGAGAUGGCGGUGCUGGCGGUGGUAAUGCGACUUUGUCAAUUUAUAGCGCCUGGGCGCUCCUCACGCUCUUGGCAGCGAGCACCGCCAUGGUACAGAGUGCUGCGGUCUCUUUCGGCGAUUUCCUAUCACAUCCUACGUUCAAGCCACUCUGUAGUGCUCAGCACGAGCACUUUAUCGAGAGUGAAGGCAAGGAAUCUAGUCUCAUCAUCGAACUGAAGCCGGGCGCCUACGGUGCUCAGCACAAGUCCUGCUCACGCAUCCUGAGCGCACCAGCCCAAUAUGGUUUCAUAGUGCGUCUAAUUUUGCCAAAACUGCGCCAUCACCAGUCCCACACCCAGUCCCAGAUUCCGUCCAGCGCAGGCAGCGGCGAAAGCAGCAUCUCCAGCAACAUAAUGCCCGCCGGCAUCACGACAAAACCCAGACAAGGGUCCAGCGGUGCCUCAGCCCUCAGUGAAAUGACGACGCUCAUUGAGCGCCUCAAUGCGACGACGACGACGACGACAUCAUCGGCAUCAUCACUGAAGACCAUUCAGGGUCGCACCUGCCCGCUGAACAUUUUCAGUUCUUUGGAUCCGCACACACCACAAUGGCGCGUCGAUCCCUGCCAACUGGAAGACACUGCGCCGGAAAUGGAGGAUCCCGUGCGUCUCUUCCACGGUCGUGUCCGCAUUGUCUGGGAACAUGGACAGCAUUCUCUAAAAUCGAAGCUGAUGAUCACUGUGCUGGGCAAAGGCGAGCAGUGUAAGCACGAGAGCAAACACCAAUGCUUAAGAAUUGGUGAUGAGCCCAUUCUGUGCAUAUCCAAGGAGCUAGCUUGCGAUGGCAUACGCCAUUGUCCGUAUAGCAAUGAGUAUGAUAGCGACGAGGACUACGAUCUGUGCUUCAAGCAUCGUCGCCCUGGUGUCUUGCCCACUGCCCUGGACUCCGAUCUCUUUGAGCAGUUCGCCCUAGAGGUUUUCAGGAAUUUGUUUGCCUACGAUGCGCCCACAGCUCCCGAAGAUUUGCCACGCAAUGGCAGCGCAGCGCCGGAUUCUACGUCGAGCAGUGGCGGCAGCAACAACACGACCACUACUCUGAGGAAAGUGCAUACGAAGGACAUGAAGAAGCCCAGCGAUGGCAAUGGUUCUCCCAACGCCAUUGGGGAACAGGGAGAGGGGCCCAAACAGGACAAUGCCACUCUGCAUGCCAAUGAGGGGGGCAGCGGCUUUACGCGACGCAACUCGACAAGAUCGGGCCUGCACUCGGACCUCUCCAAAUACGGACCCUGGGGCUACCUAAUGCUGGGCAUGCUGCUGUGCGGAGGUGCUUUGCUCAUCUGCGGCCUCUGGGCAUCCGCCUCCCAGCACGCUGUUAACAACGAGCGCGAAGCGGCGCUGGCCGCCGCCAAUGGGGUUGGCAUAGAUCAGCCGAGUGUUGCAUCUCCGCCCAACUACGAGGAACUGGAUCCGCCACCAGCCUACUCGGUGCUCUUCCCAAAUCAGAAGGCAGCAUCCAGCAAUACGCUCAAUGCACUCGACAACACAUCCGCGUUAUCAACAUCGUUGUCGGCCAGUGGGGCAGCAACAACAACAACUGCUGCAGCCGCGGCAGUUGCUGCAGUGGUAGCGGCAGAGCAGGCGCUUCAACAGCAACAACAACAGCAGCCACAACAGCCAGCACAGCAAUAGCAAACGAACUAACUUUAAAGCUUGACGAGAAGGGCUCUGUGAGGAGGUUGCCGCCUCACUGCGCCCAGCAAAGUAGUUUAGGUUCUGACUUUUGACUGACUUUGAUGAAAUUAGCUUAAAUCAAUCAAUGUAGCUAUAGUGUGUAAGUGUAAUUGUAAUUCUAACUGUAACUGUAUGUACGAUAUGGACCCAUUCCGUCGAGGCAAUUUGUCUGGAUGGCGUAUGCCAGCAAACGCCCUUUGCCAACAUAAAUCUAAACUAAACUACAUAUUUUAAUAAUGUCUCCUAAUAUCAACUCAUGAACUGUCUAAGACAAAUUAUAUUGAACGACUGCACUGAUUGUCGUCUGACAGCAGCAUUAAAGGCGACAGCUUCCAGUACGUAUUUGUAAGUCGGUACAUUGUAUUCUUCUUAAUUUAAUAUUUAAUGUGAUAUAAAUUUAAAACAUAAUAAAAACCGAUAGAGUUACCUAAUAUACA